AACCAGGUCGUUCAGCCGCAGAUUAGCAGGCCGCCUGCGCUGACAAGCUCCCCCUUUCCCCUCAGCCUCCUCUCCGGUGUACGGCUCCGACGAGAUGGCCGCCCCGCUCCGGCGGAGCCUCCCCUCCCUUGGCCGCGCGCUUCUCACGCCGGCUCCGGCGCGGAUGCUCUCCGCGGAGGCCUCCGAUGCCCUCGUCGAGAUCAAGCCUGGGGAGAUCGGGAUGGUCUCCGGCAUCCCUGAGGAGCACCUCCGCCGCAAGGUUUUAAUUUAUUCACCAGCUAGGACUGCAUCCCAGCAAGGUUCAGGCAAAGUCGGGAGGUGGAAAAUUAACUUUUUGUCAACCCAAAAGUGGGAGAACCCGUUGAUGGGAUGGACAUCUACUGGGGACCCAUAUGCUAAUGUCGGUGAAGCAGGACUUACAUUCGACAGUGCGGAGUCAGCAAAGGCGUUUGCUGAAAAACAUGGAUGGAAUUAUGUGGUUCGGAAACGCCAUACACCUCUUCUGAAGCCUAAGGCUUACGCUGAGAACUUCAAGUGGAGAGGCCCUCCGAAGGCGGAGCAAGCAUGAGGUCAAGACCUCUAUUCUGUGAGCCUGACAUUGGGUCCACGUUGUUUUCCACCUGAGCUCUAGACCUCUAGUCUGUGAGCCUGACAUUGGGACGACGUUAUUUUCCUCCUGGACAGCCUUUGCUUUCAAUCGUGUCCGUUGUGAAAGUACGAGCUAGAAUAUGCAUCUAUCAAACCUGUAAUAAUCAUGAUCUGCAAUCAAACAAAAUAGUAUCCUUCCAAAACGUUUGUUCGUGGAUGAUGACAUUGUAUUUCAAUCCUGUGUGCUUGCUUGGCUGGUAUCUUACAAGAGACAUCAUGCCAUUUCUGAGUUGAAUGAUGAUGCCUACUUGCUUUUGGCUA